UUCCUCGGAACCUUAUCGCAGACUUCCGGUUCCGGCCUAUCCAUCCUCGCCGAGAAAUGAUAUCAUGAUGUGCUCAGCACCUGCCCUGAGUCCGAGUAUGCAUCGCAUCACAUAUCUAAAUCUCCGGUUCUGGAGGCCAAUUCUAUCCCAGAGAAAAAGCUCCAGCUACACUGACCGAGCCCCCGCCAAAUCACACCAUCCAUGGCACAAUGAGACUCCCUCCAGCCACCACCCUCGCUCGCAAGCGCCCAUCUUCUCUUUUCGCUUCAACCACGAAGGUUAUCACCACCAGCAGACCCCUCGCAACUCAGAUCAACCACUCGACUGCUUUCCACGAAGACCAUGACAAAGAACGAGUCGUCAUCCUUGGCUCUGGCUGGGGUGGCUACAACCUAUCCCGCCAGCUCUCCCCGGACAAAUACAAUCCCAUCAUCAUCUCCCCGCGCUCAUACUUCGUCUUCACUCCUCUCCUCACAGACGCCGCCGGCGGCUCCCUCGAUUUCUCCCACAUCGUUGAGCCCAUCCGCGAUCGCUCCUCGAAAGUCGAUUUCAUCCAAGCCGCAGCGCGGUCCGUCAACUUCGCCGAGAAAACCAUCACCUGCGAAGCCACGGUCGUGAAAAGCGGCGUGACCGAGACGCCCCGAUCCAGCGAGGACGAAGAAUUCCAAUCCCACUCAACCCAAUCCAGCGCUGCCCAACGGCCUUGGGAAACCGGUCAAACCUUCACCAUCCCCUACAACAAACUUGUCAUCGCCGUCGGCACAGUCUCCAAAACCUUCAACACGCCCGGCGUUCGCGAGAAUGCUUUUUUCUUCAAAGACAUUGGCGAUGCGCGCAAAGUCCGCCGUCGAAUAAGAGAAUGCUUCGAACUCGCCGUCUUACCCACCACCUCUCCUGAACUCCGAAACCAUCUCCUCCACUUCGCCAUCGUCGGCGCCGGUCCAACAGGGACCGAGCUCGCCGCUUCCUUACGAGACUUCAUCACCAAGGAUCUCAUCGACCUCUACCCAGCCCUAAAAGGCAUCCCACGAAUCAGUCUCUACGACAUCGCCCCAAAAGUCCUGUCCAUGUUCGACGAAAAACUCUCCAAAUACGCAAUGGACACCAUGCGCAAAGAAGGCAUCGAUAUCAAAACCGCCCACCACGUCAAGAGUCUCCGAUGGGGCGAACCCGGCGCCAGUCCCCCCUACGAAAUGGACCCCAAACGCUGCCUCACCCUCUCCACAGAAGAAGAAGGCGAAGUUGGCGUCGGAAUGUGUGUCUGGGCUACUGGCAACGCAAUGAACAAGUUUAUCCGUGACUCCCUCACAACCCUCGACACUUUACCCACAAACUCUGUCCUUCUCAACAAUCCCCAAGGGAACCCACCCCCAACCCCACCCUCCAAUACCACCUGGCACGUCAAAAAACACCCUAAAACCGGCGCCCUUCUCGUUGACGGACACCUCCGCGUCCAACUCCAAACCGAGCCUGAGUCCACCUCCAACAACACCACCGCAACCCUCCGCGACGUCUUCGCCCUAGGCGACAACGCGAUGCCCGAAACCGGGGCCCCGCCAGCAACCGCACAGGCUACAUUCCAAGAAGCGAAAUGGCUCGCUGCGAGAUUGAAUAAAGGGGACUUUGGCAGUGCGCCUCCAUUCUCGUUUUUAAAUCUAGGCACGCUCGCCUAUAUCGGGGAUGCGAAGGCGUUGAUGCAGAUCCCCCAUCAGGGGGGGAGCAAGGGAUCGGGAUAUCUGCCUGAGGGAUUGACGGGGCGGAUGGCGUGGGUGGUGUGGAACUCGGCGUAUUUGACCAUGAGUAUCAGUUGGAGGAAUAAGUUGAGGGUUGGGUUUAGGUGGAUGUUGAAUCGGAUGUUUGGGAGGGAUGUUUCGAGGUAUUGAAUUUUUGAUUCGUGGCGUAUGGAUUUAGAUAUGUGGUAUCUUUAUAAUAGACAGAUAGAUGAUGGUGGCUAUGUUAUGGGUGUGUAUAUGCACAGCAGCUACAGUAGUUACUGGGAAGGGG